AAGAUCAACACUUUGAAGUUAAAUUCUCUGUAAUUUGAAAGCUUCACCCACAGAAAACUGCAACACACCAAACAUACAGCUGACGGACAAGAGAGCAUAUCAGUCUACAACCUAUGAUGAAGGAACACCAUACACUGCUGACAGAGCUUUUUAUUAAUCAACUUGUUCUCACACCAACCAGCAGACUAACCCCUGGUGGUCUGUAGACCUGCAUGGUGUUUACAACAUUACCUGUAUCUGUCAGUAAUUUGGACUAUGGAACUAAAUCUACAAACAUUUCAGGUGCCAAGAUCUACAUCGAGAACUCUCGUCACGUCUUUAUCUUCUUGGCAACCUGCACAUGGAGAUUAAUGGUCCAAAACAUCACAGCUUUCCUAUCAAACCAGAUCAAUGUCUAUGAGUUUCCUUCAUCAAUGUCGAGGCGAUACGUCACUGAGAUCAGACCAGAAAAUACAUUUAUGGUUCUCUGUGACGUGAAAAUCACUGGAACAAAAAUGGAUGCUGUGGAUUCUGUUCUUCGUCUGUCUGAGUGUUUCAGCCACAGAAAACUCCAACAAACCAAACAUACAGCUGAUGGACAAGAGAGCAUAUCAGUCUACAACCUAUACAGGCAUUGAUAAAAUACAUUAUACUGCUGACAGAGCCUUGGAUGGGAAUCAAUCAACUUGUUCUCACACCAACCAGCAGAUUGACCCCUGGUGGUCUGUAGACCUGCAGGAUGUUUACAACAUUUCCUGUAUCUCUAUCUACAACGUUCAUCAGGAUAAUAAGGUGACUAACAUAUCAGGUGCCAAGAUCUACAUCGGGAACUCUCGUCAGAACAACGGCAUCAACAACAAGCUGGUUCAAAACAUCACAGCUUUCCUAGCAAACCAGAUCAAUGUCUUUGAGUUUCCUUCAUCAGUGUCGGGGCGAUACGUCACUGUGAUCAGACCAGGAAAUACAUAUAUGGUUCUCUGUGACGUGAAAAUCACUGGAACAAAAAUGGCUUCACCUUUUCUACUGAUUGACCAAAACAAGACCUGGGAAGAAGCUCUGAACUACUGCAGAGAUAACCACGGAGGACUGGCCUCCAUCUUGGAUGAACAGAUUCAGACCUUUGCUGAGCUGGAGGCUGAGAAAGCCAGCAGUCCCUUCAUGUGGAUCGGACUUCACUACGUCUGCCGCCAGCAGUUCUGGUUCUGGGUUGAUGAAAAUGCUGUAGAGUCUAAGCGCUGCAGUCAGAAUGUCCCAAAAGAAAACUGUGACAUGAGUGGAGCCAUGGAAACACAGGGAGAUCAUCGCUGGUUCAGUAAGUCUGAUGAUGAAGAGUUUAAUUUCAUCUGUUGGGUUCAGUAGAAUCUGGGUCUUCUGCAAUUAUUUUAGUAUUUCUUUGUUGACAUAAAAACAGCUCUUUUUCAUUGUUGUAAGUAAUAUGACACUUUUCGACUAUUUUUCUCUAUACUGUUGCAAUAACUACUCUGAAGGUUUUAUUCUACACCUUUGAAUCAUAUACAUCCCUCUGGAACCUGGGUGUUGGUUUCUGAAAUUUUGAGUUUUAAUUAUUUUUUGCUUUCUAUUAAACAUAAAAUAACUUGUAAGGAAUUGAUUUUGUGACCCUUGAUAUUGAGUAACAUUUUCUUUAUGCCAAACCAGUUUAAUAAAUGUCAUACAAAGCAAAUAUAUUGUUCCAUGACCACUAUUGAGUUUAACUAUAUUUUAUGUUCAAAGUGUCUGGAGAUUCAGCUCGUAUCUGAUCAGUUCUAGAAGAUGAAAUGUUUUUUUUUUUUUUUUUGAC